UAUUUAUAAAGGACUACACGUUUUCCCCUUUUUUUAACAGGAUUUCUGGCAAUGCUGCGAGUAAUAAAAAUAUUCAUGGCACCGUCUCUGAGCAACUUAAGAAGAACUUCGCCAAAUCACGUUGGAAACAAGCAUAUUAUGCCGCAACCGUUAUUCGACAAAUGCAGCGCAUGGCGUUAAGUAGUAACAGUAAUAGUACAGGUGGCAGUGGAGAUAGAAGUAAAAUUAAUCUGCUAUCAAAGGAAAGUACACAAGUAGACAGCAACAGUUGUGUAGAAUCUGAAGUAGCUGAAAGCUCUGCCAGUCAUCAUGGCGAGGAAGGAAGUUGUACUGAUAAUACUACCGCUACCAACAUAAGCUGCGGUGCUAAAUCAACGACGUCAGCUGAUAACAAACCAGCAACUGUCAUAGCAGGUGGGGAUAACCAACCGACCAACAGUAGUAAAAGCAACUCACCUGCUUGUGUGAAUGGUAGUGAACAAAACAAGUAAGCAUAUUCAUAUAAGAUGCGAAAAAAUACAAUCAGUCAAAAUGGACUAGAAAUUGUUUAUAAAUAUGUAUAUGGGACGUUCCACGUCAAGCGAAACAGGGCUCUUCCCAGAAUUCACGUUAAUUUAUUUUAAUGAUCGUGGGCUUAAAAUUUUUGUUAUUGAUCGUCCUUGAUGGGUCAAUAUGAUCUUUUCGAAAUCUUCAAAAUGUCGGCUCAACAUGACAGCGGGAAGCCUGAGAAAAAUCGAGUUCUUGAAUUAAAACACCUGUUAAACGAAAAAUUCAAGACCGAAUCAUCUGGUUUUGCGCUAAAAUUUUUGGUAAUUGACGUUCCAAACUGGUCAGAUAGGUUGGCUAAAUUCAACAUGGAGGAGGUCUCUGAUUAAGAACCUAUAAUAUUUUUUUUAAUUCAAAAUUGCAGAUCCAAUAAGGCGGACAACUUUUCGAAAAAAAUUUUGGUUUUCCUGACAUUUUUCAUUUAGGGGAUUCACUGAUUACGAAUUUAUAAAAAUGUCGCGAAAAUCGAACCGUUAUAUUGGAUCCGCCAUUUAGAACUUUUAAAAGAUGCAUGUCCAAAACGUUACAAGAAUCAAACAAUUUUUAAAAAUAUGCCCGCCAUAUGGGAUCCGCCAUUAAAAAAAAAUAUAUGUUUACAGAUUCGCAAUCAGCGACCCGAAAGACUCCUAUAUUCCAAGUUUCAUAAAAGUUAAACAUGUUGAAUAUAGCCAACCUAUCAUAUCAGUUUCUUGGGAACGUCCAUUACCGAAAAUUUUAGAACAAAAAGAGAUAAAUCGGUAGUCAAUUUUUUAUUUAACAGGUGUGUUAAUUCAAGAUCUCUAUUUUUCUCAGGUUUCCACCCGCCGAAAAGUUUACAUUUUCCCACAAAGGGCGAUCAGUAGCGAACAUUUUGAGUCCAGGGGUGCUACUCUGUAAUGCGAUGUGAAAGAGAAAUGAUCAUUAAAAUCCAUCAAGGUGAGAUUUGGACUGAGCCUUGUUCCGGUUGACGUGGAACAUCCCAUAUGUAUACGAAUAUAUAUAUAAAUACUUUUCUAUAUUUUUUCUGACAACAGCUACUAUAGUUAGACAUAUUUUUGCGAAUUUCUUUUACAUACAUAUUUAUUUUAAGCCAGAUGAAGUGAACCUCGGUACUUCCAUAUUGAAUCAUAAAGAAGAGACUUUUACUUUCCAUAUUUUGUUUUGUAUUACUUUUAAAACUGCGGAAGAACAAAUUGUUUAUUAAGAAUCAUUUCAAUAUUUAUAAAAAAAAGAAUUACGCGUUAUAGAAAGAUUUUCAAAAUAAAUUCAUCCUUAAGCGUGUUCAUAAAAAUAUUGUGGAGAAAAGAUGGGAUCUAACAGUAAAAACCAAGACACAAAUUUUAGUUGUUUAUAAAAACCCGCUGAUACCACUUAUGCUAUAAUGCUGUUUUAAAAUUUAUUACAUAAAUGAAUCUCAAAUAUGAAAAUAAAACAAAUACAAAAUAGGCUUCUUCUAAUUG